CAGUCCAAUUGUACAGACACGUGACAGAUUAUCUGUGCCAGUACCUACCCUACCUGGGUACUUCGGUAAUCUUACAUCUAAUUACCUCGACCACUACUCCGUACUAGCUAGGUAGCUAUCAUUCCAAAACUCCCUUGAGAAUCACGAUUCAGAUGUUCAAAUUUCGAGCUGGAAUCAUAUUAUGAGUUAUAACAUUAAAAAAAUUACAACAAACGACGCAACACACAACACAACACUCAACACACGAAUCACUGCGAUAUCUUAAUCUUAUCUUUGCCCCUUUCAUCGAAGUCCAAUUCACCAAUCUCGGAUUUCACCAUGUCUAUCUCUGUCUCUACCGUUCGAGAACUUACCCUGGAAAUUGAUCAUCUGUUAGAACAAUACCUUCAACUGUUGGAUCAAUACAGUGCUUUAAGAUCGAGCCUCUCCACAUUGUCGUCAUCGAUGUACAUUAAUUUAUCCCGAGCCAAUUUCACGCCGCAAAAUGGAAUCCGUUAUGAUACCUCUUUCUAUGAUGAUCGUAUUCAAGCACAGAGGCUAUGUAAUGUAACGAUCCCCGAAAACGCCUCGAAUACACAAUCGACAAAACUUACCCCUCCUCUAUUCGCCAUUAACGAAUCUUCUACGUCGGAAUCAGAAUCGGACCUUUUAAAAAAAGAUACAAACGGCGAUGAUGAUACGAAAACUGCUCUCAAGAAGGAUCCAUUAAGAAUGUUUGGGCUUUUUACCCCUCAGGCUUUGAAGGAUACAAAGGAAGAUAGUAUUAAACUGAUGGAUGUUAUUCCGAAAUUGAUCAAUACCGAGAAAGCCAUGGAAGAUCUCGAAAUUCGCAUACGAAGAGCUAGGAAGCACAGAGGGAAGGCAGAAAUUGAGGAACAAAAAAAUCUGCCAGCUGAGGCAAAUCGCAAGUUCAUCAAUCCCAUUUGAAAUUCAGUAUCAGUACAGUCCGACAUAAUAUACUCGGCGAUCAGAUAAUACCGUACGUUUGUGGGACGGUAAAAGAUGAUGCGCAGUAUACUUAUCAAUUUUCAUGCGCAUUACUUUGCAAGCAACGAAUAUGGAAAUAACGGGACAAGUGUAAAUGCGAGAACCUGCUAGAAAAUGGAGACGAAAUAUGUUGUGAUUGUGCUCGGGAUGACAUGCAGAUUUUGUUGCAGUUGGCUUGGAAGACGGGAUGAGAAUUUAACUUCCUCUCAUGAGCUGGUCGUACUCCAUGAUUGGCGGCCAAUUCCGAGUUAUGAGCUCUCAAUGUUUCUUCGAUUGUUCUUGAUAUUUGAGCAGCUCUUCAACACUUUGCAAGCAUUCGAGUUUUCUCAUUGAAGAUAGAAAUACCCUCGCCUCGUCUCGCCUCACCCAUACCCACGCCAUGUCUUACAUCCAAAAAUAAAUUAUUAUGCUAGCUACCCGUAGGACAACAUCUGCCAAGCCACGUGGUCAUUCUGACAACUUGCCUUUUCGAGGCUGUCCGCACGUAUAUCUAUGUCGUGAUGUCUCGUUUAAGACACGAUUCCAUCUGCCUCCGUGCCGUUUUCGUUUGACACCGAUUCCUAAAUUGGAAAGCUGGCUGGAGAAUUAGAGCGAUACUACCGGGUGAGAUUCCGGUAUAGCUGGUGUAGCGUAACUGUGGUAGAUAGAGGCUUCUCGGCUGGCUGAAGGAUCAGAGUGGGGGCCGGAAAUAUAUGGGCGUAUGUACAGGUGGCAUUACCGGAUCAAUGAUGGGAUGGCUGUAUCAGCGUACACAAAGCAUCCAGUCCAUUGGUAGUGCCGGGGAGUUUGUUUCGUUCUUGCAUGGGACGCCCGAAAGUCAGGCCGGUCUGCGUACAUCUGUACAAUUUUUUGACUGGCAGGUCUAAGAAUGUAGGUCGAGGGAAUAUUGCUGGCUCUUCACGGUCCGUACACAAACUAUGCGAUGACUAAAUUUUCGUCGUGACUUGUGCGUUUGAAUUUUUACCCUCAAUCUGCCAUUCCCAUUCCAAUAUUUGACAUUGUCAGAUUAUCAGUUUCAAAAAGAUGACUUCAGGUCGGCAGGGGGACUAGUUCGCGGAUCCUAGGCUAUUUAUACUUUUGACUCAUUAUAUAACGUCGUUUCUGUUCUCGAUGUCCGAUUUUGUCGAAAUUUCAGUAAUUGGUGGCUCAAGGGGUAACGAUUAGGCUGCCACCCCUUGGCCCCCUUCGGUGAACAUGUCUGCUGUUGCAAGUCUCUUCCUCAGAUUUCAGUCCAAAGUUAUAGCGCUUUUCUAUUUUUUUUUUUUUUUUGGAUUUCCAUCUUGAUACUUCGGUUGGGUCAUGGAACAUAGGCUGAUAUUCUAGUCGGGGGAUGGAAACGAAAUAAUCUUGAAAUUAGUUCUUUGGACUGAAAGGGUGUGAGCAGUUCAACAAUAGACAAUGCUGACUGCUAUUUAUAGAGAUUCUCGACGAAUUGGAUUGAUUGAAAAAAUGUGAUAUAGUAUGGUAUUCCUACUGUUUGUCUCUACCCAUACUGCACAUAAGCAUAAACCAAUGGUUUUCAAUUAUUGACGAAUUUUCAAACACUGAAAAUGUGUUGGGCUAUCCAGCAUUCAUGACGUUCUAGGGAUUACAGAUUCUCUUAAAAUUCUAAGAGGUUGACAGAUUCACGGCUUUCAGAGAUUGAUUAUUUCUUAGUAUACUGCACUUCAUACACCGACUUGCGCCAAUGGGGACAAGUCAAGACACUCAGCACCAUGGAUACUGCAAGUUUUCAUCGCAAUCUAAAUUUGCAGAUGUGUUUUUAACCUUAGAUUCUGUAAGAG